GGCGACAAGUCACUUGGGAUUGACAAGACGAAUGGGAAGUUCGCGACGUUUUCAUUGUGGGAACCAAUUGUGGUUUGCAACCAUGGGUUUACCAUUGGAAAACGUUUGCUGAAUGUUCCAUCGUGUGAAAACACUGUCUUACAGAUUUUAUUUUUAAUCUCUUUCUAAUGAUGUAUUACAAAGAGAAUGUCUAAGGCUAAGGCUAAAACUGGAAAGAAGGUUGGCAAAUCGGGAGGUGCAGGUAUUACAAACGGGAAAACAACCCCCUUGACUUUCUCAAAAGGAUCAAAGUUAGAUGACACGACAAAGCAAUUCUACCUAUGGCAGAUGCAACUGCUUCAAGACAAAGUUAUUAAGUACGUUUUAGCAAGAUAAUUUUAUAUUUUUCCUAGGCUUCCUAUAUUAACUUUUGGCGUGGGGAAAAGGGGGGGGGGGUGAAGAGUACAAAAUGAUUACAAUCUGAGGGUGGGAUAGGCCUGCCUAUGCCUACCAUGCUCUCGUAGGAUGUCCUAAAAAUCAUACAAAUGCCUAUUUUAGCAAGAUAAUUUUAUAUUUUUCCUAGGCUUCCUAUAUUAACUUUUGGCGUGGGGAAAAGGGGGGGGGGGGUGAAGAGUACAAAAUGAUUACAAUCUGAGGGGGGGAUAGGCCUGCCUAUGCCUACCAUGCUCUCGUAGGAUGUCCUAAAAAUCAUACAAAUGCCUACAUUUACAUUAUACAGCUAAGUUCGGGAGCUGCCUCAGAAGUGGUUAUAAUUAUAAGAUAAAUGUUUAUAAAUUUUAUAAUACCAUUUUUAUCAUUUUAUAAUAUCUUCAGUAACAUAUUGAUUUGUGUUUAAUAAUAAGUCAAAAAUUAAUAUCUAAAUUCUACAUUUCUUCUCUUUGUCUAACAAUUUUUAGGGUGCAAUACCUAGUCAACAAUUUGCUGGUGGUGCAGAGUAGGCCUAUAAUAGAUUGGGAAACACUUUUCUAUGGCUUUUUUUAAUGUAUCCUCUUACCCCCCCUCCUUUGUUUGUAUUGCAAUUGUAAUAGAAAUAUUUUAUGUAAUUUUAAAAAUACCAAAAGAACACUUUUGAUGUAAAAUAAUAUUAAAAUACAGCUGUUCAAACCAAGAAUCCAAUUGAAAAGCCAUGCAUCUUUUACUUAAAUUUUAGUUUUAUGUUGUUGAAAAAAAAGAUUGCCCUCCAUUAGAGAUAUUUUUCAAUCUCAUAUGCCUAUAUCCAGUAAACAUUUUUUUCUCUUCUUUUUUUUUUUACUCUGUACCUGCUACACACACAUGCCAGAUGGUAUCUAUAACAUUUUGAAUUUUUAAGAAUAAAACUGCAACUUUUAACAUAGUUCUAUAUUUUGGCAUCUCAUGUGUGACCAAAGGACUUUUCCACCCCCUCCCUUCCCACACACUUCUUCUAAAGCUUUUGUAGCAAUGUAAAUAUCUUGAUCCUGAGGCCCAUAUUAAUCUAUUGAUUAAUAGCAAUGCCCAGCAGAUGGGGCUCACUUUUGAUGCACUAGCCAUGACCAUAAGAACAGAAGCUCUAACCCAACAGAGAAUUAACAUGUAUUUGUCAAUUUAGUCUCCUGCAUCUAAGUAUAGUCUCCUCUGUCAAAACAGAUAGAUCCAUUAUUAAUAAAGCUUGUGACAAGUAAACAUGCUUACCACCUUACACCCAUGCAUUUCUAUUAAUUUUUCAAAACAAUUACAUUAACAGUAUUUUGGGAAAUAAAAAUUAUUUCAAUAACUUAAUUAAAUUAAAUCAAAUGAAGGAAAAUGUGCAGCAAUUUGCAUGCAAACUAUAGGACCUCCCUCAUUUGCAUCUUGGCCAGCAGGUCCUAAUAUAUUUACUUUAAAAAAUGUGUGGAUGUCACAAAAAGUAAUUGGUUCAAUCUGUAAUUUAUUUUCAGUGAUAAGGCCUAUCAUUUUUAGUUAGCACUUCUCGUGCUGCACAGGUACAGGUGUAACUUAUUUAGAUCAAGUUUUGUUUAAAAAAAUUUUUUUUUAAAUACUACAGUGGAGCAUAGAUUUUCUGAAUGCCAUAUAUCUGAAACAUUGGUUACCUGUUAUAUUAUUAUUUUAUUGUUAGCACUGCACAUGGCAUGGAACACAUGUGUGACAACACCGUAAAACUAUUCUGAUUAUGUUGCACAAUGUAGUUACCUACUGUAGCAAUGUAGGCUACAUGAAGUGACCAAACUGAGAUAUAUGAUCUGCAAACUUGUUAAUUAAUAUAUAUAACAGAAUGCACGCCUGCAAAAACCAAGAAACCUCUAAUUUUUUUUAAGGGCUGUCAUACAUUUUUUAAAACUACCACUUUUCACUGAGAAAAAAAAAAUCCAAGUCCUUACAUUAUUUUACAUCAAUCAGCUGACCAAGUGACAUUAUUGGUAUUGGGAAAAUUGACACUCUGUGGUACCAAUUUACAAAACUUAAACCUAAAUAAUGUGUAGGUACUGAAAGCUUUUCAGAAAGUAUACUUAACUGAGAAUUAUCAAAACAAAUAUAUAUUUAGGUAUUAUUGUACCUAUGAAGUAUGAAGUCUGUUAAGGUUAUAAAUAUUUUUAUUUAAAUUUCUAUGGAACAGAUAUCAAAGACAGAAUGACGAGCUUGUUGUCGCCAGUGCCAAAUUUCAAGAAAAAAUGGAGGGCUGCAUUGCUGAAAAACAUGAAGUGGUCGAAUACUAUAAAAUUCUGGUUGAUACAAAAUGUCAGUUGAGAAUAUCAUCUAAAAUUUUCAAAUUUAAUGACAUUUUAUUAUAAAAAUCCUGUUAACAACAUUUUACUGCAAUUCCUGAAACCAAAAUUAUUCCAUGAAAUUUUGAAUAAUUUUAUUUUACAUCCCCACAUAACUUUCUUGUAGGGAAUUUGUACACUAUAGAAAUCUUGUCCUGUUUUUCAAAAUUAAUUUUAUAAUAAUCUUGCUGUGCAGAAUAAUAUUUGCAUUGAUUUUCUUUACUUUAAAAUUGAGUAAUUUUAUUUCCAGCGUUGAAAUUAAACAUUUUUUAACUAUUUUUAAAGUAAUGUGGCUACUUUAAAUUAUUCCCUUUUGUUUGCAUCUAGCUUUUGAAUACAACCAACUCCAUGAGAAAUACCUAACUCUGAAGCAAAUACUUGACAAUGAGCAGGAACAGUGCCGAAAACAGAUGAUGAACAUUAGGCGGGAAGCUGAUGAACAUCAGAGUCAAAUUGUGGCUGAAAAUAUAACAUUGAGUAAGCUUUCCGAUCCUCUUAGUCAGGGGUGAAGUUUAAGCGGUGCAACCCAAUGGCUGCAUCUCAGAGGGUGGCGGCAGAACUAAUAAAAAUUUAAAAAUCACAUGCCUCCCUUUUGAUGGAGGAGUCUCCUGUCCUGGGUGUCUGUGUCUCGUCCAAAUCCACAUUGUUUUUAUAGAUUGUUGGCACAUUUUAUAAGCCUAAUUUCAUUUUUUUUUUUUUUUUUUGGGGGGGGGGGGGGGGGGUGUGUUAAUCCCCUAUCUUGAGAUCUCACAACACUUAGAAAAAUUGCCUAGUUAUCUCCUGCUCUUGAUCCAUGAGAAAUGCUACAUUAUUGUAAAUGUAGUUUUAUGUGAUUUGACGGAGGAUGUUAAACGAGGAUUGGUUUUCAAUUUAUUCCCACCAAUAGUCGUAACUUUUAUCAUGAAUACAUUGUGAUUUGAUUUCACUCUGCUACAUGUGUUAGGUUCAAAGCUGGCAGCGCUUGAAGAAUUUCAACUCCAGAGAGAUGCUUUGAUGGCUAAACUGGAACGCAUGGAGGCAGAGUUAGCAAACAAAAAUGAGGAAUUCAAUGCAAAUUUAACGGCCAUGGAACGUAAAUUAAUCAGCAACAAAGAAAGGUAUUUAUCAUUUUGAGGUGACAAUUGUUUUAUCUGUUAUCAUGUUAAAAAACACUUGCACAUGGCCUAUGCCCCACAGAUGGCCUAUGCCCCACAGAUGGCCUAUGCCCCACAGGUGCCCUAUUCCCCAGGCAGAUGACCUCUGCCCCUGGCAGAUGACCUAUGCCCCUCAGAUGGCCUAUGUCCCUGCUGAUUCCCUCUGCCCCAGGCAGGGUAAAAGGCAUAAGUAAGUAAGCUAAGAAAUAUUUCAUGUUCAGGAACAAAAUAUUUCAACUCAGGAAUGUCUUAAAACUCAAACUGAGUAGACUGGUAAAACACAGCAUAGAAAUAAAUGUCACUAAUUAACUGAGCUACUCUGUUGCUCAUGCUUUAUGAAGGUCAAUGUGAAACAAGAAGAAGAAAAAAACAUAUCAGCUUAUUGAAGGUACCGGUAGCAAAUUCUUGUUAAGAUCAUGGGCUAGGGAUAUACAUUCUGGGGCCUUAUUUGCUUUGCAAUACUUUUUUGUUCUGUUUGUUGUAGCUGCCUUCACUCUCUUCAAAAAAAUAUAUUUUAUUUUCUUUUAACAAGACCACCUCCGUCCUUGUUUCCCAAUCUCAACUCGCAGGCUGAAAGCUGAAAUGAUUGUCAGAAUAAAGGGUGUGGCCACAGAGUUCCGUAAAGUGACAGACAAGACCUUGAACUCGACAAUAAAGCGCACUCUGAGUGAAAAUCUCAUGGUUGGCACCCAGUUGGCCAAAAUGUCUGACAAGACCGUGGAACUGAUAGAAGAGAAUGAAGCACAGUUUGCAGCCAAAGCCAAGCUGGAGCAAAAAGUUGUGCUGCUGGAAACAAAUGAGAAGGAGCUGACCAAACGCUACCAGAAAUGUUAUGAGGCUAGUCAUAAAUAUUAUUACACGUCAUGGUUACAGACAAGAUGCUUGAAAGAGUUACAUAAAUGAAAAAGAAUUGUUUUUAAAUUUAAUUUGAGGAUCCCCUUAGAUCUGAGCAACUUAUGGAUUUUGCCUUUUUAUCAUGUAUUGUUUUAAAAUGCAUUUUUUAAACAUUUUAGUUUAUAUUUAAAAUGUCAAUAAAAUUAUUAUACUAAUGGCUUUAAGUUUUUUUUUCUUCAAAUAUUGUUUUAGACACUGAAUGGUUUUAGACAGCGAUGCUUACAGCAGGAGGAAAUAAUUGACCAGUUGCGGAACAAUAACGUGAAAGCCACAGAGACAAAAAUUGAACUUGAACAACUCCGAGAGGAAUCUAAUUACCUUAGGUGUGCGGGGUAGCUUCUUGAAUCUGUUUCCCCUAAGUAUUGAUAAGAGAUGUACUAACAUAUGCCGUUAUUUUCCAGAAGGCUGGACAGGUAGCAUGCAUGGUCCAUAGCACUCAUGAGCCUUGUGGUGCAGAGGAAACACUUACACACAAACAAGAGGCAAUGGGUUCCUACUGAUCCACUAUUGCAGCUCUCCUAAGAUUAAUAAUGUAGUUGUGACUGUUGACCUAGAAAGAGAAAAGUGAUGUUGGUUAAUUUACUAUCAAAUUUGCCAAAGCUAUUGUUCAGUAUUAAUUUUUUUUCUGAGAGCAAAUUUCUUUUUCUACUUUCCACAGACGCGAAAUAAAACGAUUGGCUGAAAUGAAUGAUAAUUUUAAAAAGCAACAUUUCAACAAACGACUCGUCUCACUCACGGAAAUGGAGUCCAGAGAGAACCUGGAGAUGAUGUUCUCCAAUGCCGUUGACAACAUUCGAGAAUUAGUAUUGGUGAGUUGAAUUUUACAAUUAGAUUUUGUUGUGCAUCAUAACCACUUCAUUACAUCCCAAGUUUGGGUUCAUUUUAGUUUAUUUAAAUUAUUAUUUUAGUGCUGCAGUUUUUAUUACUUCCAACAAAGAUUUCAAUAAAAGAAUCUUAUCUUAUUUUAUCUAAUGGUAGAAGUGAAACCUCAAGAACAUAUGGAAAUAAAUAUUUGAAGAAAAAAAUGUAUUAUUAAUUAUUAUGUUGAGAAAACAUAAUAAUAAUCUUUUUUUAUUCUGACCUAUUAUUUACAAUUAUCAGAAAAAGCAGUAUUAAUUGAACUAGUGUAUACAGGCCUAAGAUUCUUGAAAGAGCAUUCAGUUGCAUGUAUGUUUUUAAAAGUGCUUUUAAAAAAUCUCAUUAAAGAACCCCCAUCUGGAUCUAAAUCUGUCAGGAAUUAGCUGUUAAUAUCAUAUAAUACAAUGUAUAAUACACCAUCCUGUAUCACCCUUAGUAGGUUGUAGACCAUCAAGGAUCUCCAUCAGUUUUACUCUCUGUGGCCACUCUCUCAAUAUGCUGUGCAAAAGUCAUCAAACUUGGACUCUAAAGAUAGGUCCCUUCUACAACUGUUCUUUAGCCUUCAUGUUGGUUGCCUCCCUUGUGAUGGUGGUGAAUGGAGAUUCCUGGAUGUGUGUGUCUCAUCCAAAGCCAAUUUGUUUUUAUGGGUUAUUGGUCAUGUGCUGCAAGUUUUCAUUUGCUACUCUGUCUGCACAUUUGAUUUUAAUAUCAGUAUUCCUCUUAGACAAUCACUUAUGGAGGCUAAGACUAUUUUGUUGUUGGCCUUUUUGUUCCUCUGUAUUCUUCUUAAACAAUCACGAGGGCUAGGACUUUUUUGUUGUUGGCCUUUCUGUUCCUUGAUGAUCAGAUUCCACAGAAUAGUGGUGCCCAGCUAUAGCAGCCAAAUUUUCUCAGUUUUGACUCUACAGUUGUAUAUUAAAACAUUGAUAUUUAUUUAUUUAUUUAUUUAGGCAUUUUUAUAUAGCGCUUACCAUAAAGCUCUAAGCGCUUUACAAUUAUUAAAAACAUGUAAACUAAGUAAAUAAAAAUGAGACACUAGGAUAGUAACUACUAUACUAUAGAAACAAUGAAAAUGGCUAUAAAACGAGGACACUUUGACACUUCAGGAUCAACCCGAAACAGAAAAUGAUAUAUAUUUUUUCAUGGCAAAAACACCUGUGUAUGUAAUAAAGUUUUUUGAAAGCUGGCAUAUAUGAAAAGCUCCUCCUACCAAACUAUUCUCAUAAUGUUAUUAACAUUAUGUAGUCCACUAUUGCAUAGUUUUCACAUCACACUAAAUAUUUUUCAAUUGAAAUAGAAGCUCUUUUAUAUUCUUUUUAAUUUUAUAGCUUAUUUAAUGAACAAUUUUAGGAAUAUUUUUGGGCCCAAAAUAUUAGGAUAUGUAGGUCCACAUAGUAAGUAUAGACAAAUCAAUCUGGCCUUUUUUUAAGGCUAUUACAUAAUUAUGUUAAUUAAAUAUUUUGUAUCUUCAUUUGUAAAUUAACAUUUGCGCUGAUGCUAGAGUGAAUAAAUGAACUUAAUUUAGAAAAUUGAACAUUAGACUUUAACUGUUUUUUUUCAAUUAUUUGAUAACAAAUUUUACUUGAUAUAUUAGUUUGUCAACAACCUUAAUCCAAUCUAAAUGAGCCUUUGAAUAUGUUUUGUAUUCCACAGUCAAUGUCUCAACGGGCUGAACCAGGCUGCUUUUUUGACGAGAAGAGUUUGAAUGACAUCAUCAAGUUAAAAAAUGAAAUAUUUCAAAACUUGAUGAUCAUUCUCAAGAGUUCAUUGAAACUUGGGAUUCGACCCGUCUGUCAUGGACAGAUGCCCCCUGACGAAAAUUUUGAUGAAAAGUUGUCUCAAAUGUAUGUCAACUGUUAUUUUCUCCCAGCGAGAUCAUUUGGUGUGGUCUGCCAGGGAAUUAAAAAGCCAAUAAAUAUAGGAGGUUUUUUUCAUGCCGAGAUAAACUUAUAUUAAGUAAAUCAUAAUAAUAACAUAAAAAAAAUAAUUUCAGCUGCAAAUGCAACCUUGAAAUUGCAAUGUUGGAAAAAUAUUCACAAUUUUUGCACUUUGCUGCUUUCAAACAUUUAAAAAAUUAUAUUAAGUAAAUUAGACAAAAAUAUGAUACUGGAAAACUUUAAGUUGGGCAGCCAAUUUACAUGAAUCCAAUAGCAAGUUUUAGCUAACAAAACCAAUUAUUUUACACAUUUUUAUAUUAAUUUGCAUCACAUUUUUUUAAUUUCAUGUUCUAUAUGUAAUGGGUGGAUAAUUUAUAAGGGGGAGGGGCAUAAAAUAAAUUUUCCCAGGGCACCGGCCCUCAUUUUUUUUAUGGCCCUGAAUGACGAUUUAAAUAUCUAAAGGGGCCUUUGCAGAAUUAAGGUUCCCCCCCUGCUUUAAAGGAUAUCACUCUCAGGCCUACCUUUAACAUUUAAACUAGAUAUCACUCUCAGGCCUACCUUUAACAUUUAAACUAGAUAUCACUCUCAGGCCUACCUUUAACAUUUAAACUAGAUAUCACUCUCAGGCCUACCUUUAACAUUUAAACUAGAUAUCACUCUCAGGCCUACCUUUACAAUUUAAACUAGAUAUCACACUCAGGCCUACCUUUAGCAUUUAAACUAGAUAUCACUCUCAGGCCUACCUUUACAAUUUAAACUAGAUAUCACACUCAGGCCUACCUUUAACAUUUAAACUAGAUAUCACUCUCAGGCCUACCUUUACAAUUUAAACUAGAUAUCACACUCAGGCCUACCUUUAACAUUUAAACUAGAUAUCACUCUCAGGCCUACCUUUACCAUUUACUAGAUAUCACUCUCAGGCCUACCUUUACAAUUUAAACUAGAUAUCACUCUCAGGCCUACCUUUAACAUUUAAACGAGAUAUCACUCUCAGGCCUACCUUUAACAUUUAAACUAGAUAUCACUCUCAGGCCUACCUUUAGCAUUUAAACUAGAUAUCACUCUCAGGCCUACCUUUACCAUUUAAACUAUAUAUCACUCUCAGGCCUACCUUUACCAUUUACUAGAUAUCACUCUGAGGCCUACUUUUAGCAUUUAAUCUAGAUAUCACUCUCAGACCUACCUUUACCAUUUACUAGAUAUCACUCUGAGGCCUACUUUUAGCAUUUAACUAGAUAUCACUCUUAGGCCUAACUUUAACAUUUAAACUAGAUAUCACUCUCAGGCCUACCUUUAACAUUUAAACUAGAUAUCACUCUCAGGCCACCUUUACCAUUUACUAGAUAUCACUCUCAGGCCUACCUUUACCAUUUAAACUAGAUAUCACUCUCAGGCCUACCUUUACCAAUUACUAGAUAUCACUCUCAGGCCUACCUUUAGUAUUUAAACUAGAUAAUAGCCAUAGCCACAGAAAAUGAAUUAAAUUAAGUAAGUUGAUCUGGUGUGCAUGUAAAAUAAAAAAGUUUUUAUCCCGUAGAACUAUCCAGAGAUUUUAAAAAAAGAAAAUGAGUAAAACAUAGUAUGGGAAAACCUGAAAAAAGGAACGCAACAAAACAAUGAACGUGUCGUUUUAUAUGUCUAAAGUGCUAGUUUUAUUUAAUUAUGUUUUUACUUUUUUUUGCCCGCUGAUGAAGGCUUCCUGCCGACACAUUCAUUGUUUUGUUGCGUUCCUUUUUUUUGUGUUUUCCCAUGCUUUGUUUCUCUCAUUUCCUCUUUUGCUAACCUGAUUGUGGUCUCUGCCCACUUACUACCAGAUAUUUUUUAAAGAAGGAACGCUUCUGAUAAGCUUUUAUCCUCUUUCUACAUCAGGAAAUUAGAUAGUAGUUUAAUCAAAGGAAAAAGAUUGCGACCACAUUACAAGCUAGGUGACCUUGGACUGACCCCCAGACCAGAUGAACACAUUUCAACCAACAAAGAAAAGAUGCAUAGAAUUUAUCAGUUAGCACAUGCCAACAGUAGCAAAUUACUUCAUAAAAAUGUAAAAUGCCAGACUGCCAGCACCCCUUUGGUUAGUUGUCUGUUCUUUAUUUUCAUUUGCAACAAAUUAUGAGUCAGAUUAAUCUUUAUUUUAUAUUUGAAUCAUUAUUAAUAAAGGAGUAAAGAUGUUUCUAAAUAUAGUAAUCGUUUAUAUUAUUUGAUAGUACCAUGGAAUUUUGAUUCAAAACCUGGCUUUGUGCGGGAUCAACAAAGAUUGAAACAGCUGUAGAUAUAACGAGCCUUUUUAUGGUGAUGGCAGACAGGGAAUUUAUUGCUUAAAAUUUUAAGCUCUUUGGUUUCCGGGGACAGGUGAUUAGCAUAAAAAAACUUGAUAGAGUUUAUCAAGUACUAAGUCAAAUUUGUUCCUUGUGAUUGGAAAACGGGCAAAAUAUGCAGUGUCCACUUCUCACAGUCACACACAUAAAGAUGGAUCAAUAUUAACCAGAACACAGGAUGGCAUAAAUAUACUUGUUUGUAAAUGUGUCAGAUUGAAAUGACACCCUACCACUACAAGUUAGGGACAAUAAAUAAGAUAAGUGUAUAAUAAUAACACUAUUUUUGUCCAUUUCCCUCUCAUUUCAGGCCUUACUGCAUGCUCAUCAAACGGCUGGAAAGCCAAAGAAAGAACCCCCAGUGUUAGGUAGAGUACCCACUGGCCAAGGUCCUCUACCGAUCCCUAAGAUAUCCAUUUCUAAGUAAUAGAUUGAACAAAUAGAGUAUAAAAUAAAAGAACAUAC